AUGCCGCCGCAGCUUCGUCUCAACGCCGUCGCGUUCGUCUCCCCGCAGAACCACCCCAUCCUCAUCCGCACCUUCGCGCAGCCGCGGCAGGAUGAGCUCAAGUACCACUACAUCGCGCACACCAGCCUGGACGUGAUCGAGGAACGCAUCGCCGCCGCCCAGGCGGCCAAGUCGACCGAGUGCUACCUCAACCUGCUUUACACGCUCGAGGAUGUCGCCGUGUACGGCUACGUAACGCCCCUGCGGGUGAAGAUCAUCGUGGCACUUGCGAUGACCGACUCUGUCAUCCGGGACGUGGACGUCAUCUCGAUAUUUAAAGCCCUGCACACGGCGUACCGUCUCUCUGUUGCGAACCCAUUCUUGAAGCUCAACACCCCGCUCGAGGGCGUGAACGACCACGCCACGAUGCUCACAGCUGGAGGUGCGAAGUGGAAGGCGUUCAGGCGGCGAGUGGACGAUGUAGCCAGGUCGCUAGGUGCACCUGUGCCUCUUCCAGUCUCUACCCAAUCCCAUUGA